GAAGAAGAAGGAGAAGGAGAGGAAGUGCCGGAUGUCAGCAGAUCAGAUCCUGACUGUUUAUGUGAACUGGUAAAAGGCUCACACACCCAUGCAGCAGAAUCAUUAUUAAACCAGGAGAAAAUGUAACAUCUUCUCAAGAGGAAAGGCUCCCUCUGGUCCACUGAGGUCUCUGACUGAAGAGUGUAUCUGAAACAGUCCUGCUUUUGUUUGGAUCCAGUCCCCUGAAGAUCUUACAGGGUGUCGGCCUGAGACUGACUGACAGUGAUGGGUGCGCAGGGUCAAAUGCUGGCCCGGACGUUGCUUCUGGUGCUUCUUCUAGGAAGGGCCUCCUCGUUGCACAGUUCCCUCGUGAAAGUCAAUAAAGGUUUAAAGGUGAAACGGGGUCAGGCAGCCUACCUUGAUGAGGGCGACCUGCAGUUCCAUAUUCCUCGUCAGAAGGACGCGUGCAAGGUGGAGGUGGUGUUAAAUGAGCCCAUAACUCAGCGGGUGGGAAAACUCAUGCCUCAGGUAUUUGAUUGCCAUUAUCUGGCUGAUGAGGUGAAGUAUGUCCAUAAUGGCUGUCCAUUGUUAAAAGAGGACACUGUCAAGCUUCGACUCUACAGGUUCACAGAGACAGAGACGUACAUGGAGGUGUUUUCUCUCCACGUGGACAUUAUGGAACCUGAAUGCACCAUCAUAAAACUUGGGCCUAAAUCCUUAGAGGUUCCUGAAUUCUACAGCCUCUCCGACCCUGUGGAUGGCAACGUGGUGUCCUUCCACUAUGAGAGGAGGUCUAGCCUGGAGUGUAGCAUCCACCUGAGCAGCCAUGGCACCCACCUGCCAGCCCAUGGCCAGCUGGUCACUGGAGAGCCAGAGAAAGCCACCAAGAGGGGGGAUGAACCAGAGAGCUUCAUCCACCUACGUCAGCAACUAGAUAAUAAAGCCAGGGCGAUGUGUAAAUCUGAAGACUGCCUGAAGGGUCUGAAGCUGGUGAAGUUCACCAAAAUUCCCUGUGAUGACUUCCUGUCGAUGGGGCUGAGGUAUCAGCACGUAGACCCUCCAUCCCCCGAUAUAGACUACAUCGCAAUCAGACUGGACCUCACGGACACCAGGAGUGGCAGCAUAUAUCAGUCUGAACAGACCUGGAUUCCCGUGCGGAUAGUCGGUGCAAUGCCCAACCAGCCUCCCAAACCGUCCUUCAUGUCCAUGUUCAUCCUGGAAGUGGACCAGUUCAUCCUCACUCCACUCUCCACCGCUACACUGGAUGCUGAGGAUGAGGAAACUCUCAAACAGCUUUUAGUUUUCAACAUCACCAAACCCCCUGCGGACGGCUUCGUCACUCAUCUGUCCGAUCACACUCGCCCGAUCUCGUCCUUCACAUGGCUGGAUCUCAACGACAUGCUCAUUGGGUAUCAACCUCCAAACUCUUCACACACCCAACGCAGGAAUUACGAGGUGGAAUUUGAGGUUCAUGAUUUUUACUUUGAGAAGAGCCAAGCUAUGACUGUUCACAUGUCUGUUAGGAAUUCAGACACAAACGCGCCCAGAGUGUCCUGGAACAUGGGCCUCAGCCUGUUAGAGGGUCAGUCUCGUCCAAUAACAUGGGAGCAGCUGCAGAUUGUCGACAACGACAACCUGAAUGCUGUCCGUAUCAUCACUGUGGACGGCCUGCAGCAUGGACGGCUCACUGUCAGAGGCGGAAAGGGCUUCAUGUUCACCGUCAGUGACAUCAGAUCAGGCGUGGUUCGCUAUCAUCACGAUGACAGCGACUCAACCAAAGACUUCAUCGUCUUCCGCAUCACAGACGGUCGCCAUCAGACCCGGCACAAGUUCCCCAUCAAGGUCCUGCCGAAGGACGACAGCCCUCCUUUCCUCAUCACCAACAUGCUGCUGGAGGUGUCUGAGGGCCAAACAGCUCUGUUGAGGGGCUCCACUCUCCAGGCGUCAGACUUUGACUCCAGCGAUGACUACAUCCUCUUUAACAUCACCCGCCCCCCUCAGGCAGGAGAGGUCAUGAAAAUCCCAGGACCAGGGCUCACAGGUUACCCUGUCAGCCGCUUUCUCCAGAAGGACCUGUCUCAGUCCAUGGUUUACUAUCGACACCUUGGAAACGAGGUGUUUGAUGAUUCCUUCGAGGUGGUGCUGUCUGAUUUCCACGACCCCCCCAACCUGUCGGAGCCUCAAGUGGUGAUGGUGCACAUAGAACCUGUUCCAGACCAGCCGCCCAAAGAGGUUCCUGGUUCCAGUCGGUGUCUGGUGAUCAAAGAAACAGAAGUGGCCCACAUAACGCGACAGCAGCUCCACUUCGUGGACCAGGAGUCCCCAGACAGUGAGCUGACAUACACAGUGACCACUCCGCCUUUCUACACGGGUCCUCACAGCUCUCCUGAUGCGGGGAGGUUGUUCCUGGUGGACAGCAUACCCAAAUUCACCAAAGACUCCAAUGCACCAGUGCUGAGGCUCUUCACACAGCAUGCAGUGAACUUCAUGAAAGUAGCCUACAUGCCUCCUAUCAUGGACAUCGGCCCUUACCCCCAGUAUAUCCAGUUUGUUCUCUCUGUUACCAACCAUUUAGGCAAAACCAUCACUGGGAUCUGCUUUAACAUCACUGUGAUACCAGAAGACAACCAGCCACCACAGGUCAUCACCAGCGCUCUGACCGUAGAUGAGGGAGGGGAGUGCUGGCUCGGCCCCGAACACUUGCUGCUGUCAGACGUGGACUCUAUGGAAGAAGCCCUGCAGGUGGAGCUGCAGAGGGAGCCACGGCAUGGAGCUCUGCAGCUCGGUGGCUGCCCGCUCCAACCAGGCCAAGCUUUCACGGUGCAAGACCUGAAAAGCUUAAAAGUUAGGUACAAUCACGACAGCUCAGAAACCGUGGAGGACAACAUUGAAUUCGCUGCAACCGAUGGCACCAAUUCAGUCCGUUUCCUCCUGCCAGUGGAGGUGAAUCCCAUCAAUGACGAGGUCCCGGUGCUGGUCUCCGGUUUGAAGCCGGUUCUCAGCUGUGCGGAGGGACAGGAAAUAGUCAUCACGGCGGAGUACAUCUACGCUUCUGACGCUGACAGCGACAACAGCACCCUGGCCUUUUUAAUAGCCCGGCAGCCGUAUCACGGCGUGGUGCUGCGGAACGGUGUGGUGGUGGAUCGCUUCAUCCAGGCAGACAUCACUGCAGGGAUGAUCACCUACAGACACACAGGAGCGGAGAUUGGUCUCACCCCUCGCCGUGACACCGUCACGUUCGUGGUUUCUGAUGGAGAAACGGAAAACUCCGCUCUGUGCUGCGACGGGAGAAAUCCCAUCAGGACCAGAGGCGCAGCUCAGCUUCGGGACAGCCUGCCUGUGUACGACCUCCACAUCACCGUGUUUCCGGUUGACAGCCGACCACCUUCACUCACAACAGGAGACAUCUUCACGGUGAAUGAAGGCGGGACAGCCCCGAUAACUGCGUCUCAUCUGAAGGCCUCGGACGUGGACACCGUCCUGGAUGAGCUGGUGGUCAGCCUGAUUUCUCCACCCCAGUUUGGCUACAUUGAAAAUGUCCUUCCCAGUCCUGGCUUUGAGAAAAGCAACAUGGGCAUAAGCAUAGCUUCCUUCUCAUACAAAGAUGUCAUUGACGGUCACGUGAACUACGUCCAGUCCAGACACCAGAGGAUGGAGCCCACAGCGGACCAGCUCAUGCUCUGUGUGUCAGACGGCAAACACAGCUCCGCCCACGUGCCCUUCUACAUCAUUAUUAACCCCACGAAUGAUGAGAUCCCAGAGUUUCUGGCUCGCAACAUCACAGUACGGGAAGGAGCAAUGAAGCAGCUGGACACGUCGGUGCUGAACGCAGUGGAUCUGGAUGUCCCCAGGAACGUCCUUCUGUUCAGCGUGGUUAAACCCCCUCAGCACGGCAGCAUCAUCGACCACGUCAGCGAAAAGCCAGUCAACAAGAGACGAGAGGCCAGUCCCCAGUCCCCCGUGGUCGACUUUACAAUGACAGAUCUUAUUAAUGGUAUGGAGCUGAUGUAUAUGCACGAUGACUCAGAGAACAUGGAGGACACUUUUACCAUCCAGUUAACUGAUGGCAGGCACCAACUCCACAGACAAGUGAUGGUUAAAGUGCUGCCAGUCAAUGAUGAGCAGCCGCGUACCAUAAGGAACAACGGGCUGGAGGUGGAGCCUGGAGACGCCCGGCUUAUAUCCAGCGUUACGCUAUUCGCACAGGACAGUGACACUCCGUCUUCAGAGGUCAUGUACAUAUUUGACAGCGUUCCUACCCAAGGACUCCUUCAACUUAAGGAGGGUCAGGGCUGGGUGACGCUGACAGCUGGGAGAAACUGCACCCAGGAAACGGUGGACAUGAACCUUCUGCGCUACGUGCACACAGGCCUGCACGCUGCCAGAACACAGGACUUCUUUGUCUUCCACUUGCUGGAUGGAGAGAAUCAAUCACCCCCACAGCACUUCCACAUCUCUGUCAAAGAUCUUGAGAAAGGAAACAUCGCCGUCUUUGUAAAGCCAGCGAAAGUGAGUCGGGGUGACCGCGUGGUCCUCACCACGGACGUGCUGUUGGCCACGGACGGCACAGAAAAGCCCGAAGAGCUUCUGUACGUCAUCACCAACCCUCCUGCGCAUGGACACGUCGAGUACAUCAAGCAUCCUGGAGUGGCCAUCUCCACCUUCAGCCAGAUGGACGUAGCGGCAAACCUUGUAGCUUAUGUGCACGACAACCGAGCCAGCACGCCCACGGAAACCUUUCAGUUUGUUGUGAGUAACGGUAAAACCAGCCGUAAUGGAACCUUCGAGGUCUCAGUCGAAAUGGUGGAUCGUGUCCUGCCAUCCUUGUCCUCCAACAAAGGCAUCACAGUCCCCCAGGGUUCCUCCAUCAUCCUGGGUCCCGACUGCCUUGCCCUUUCUGACCCGGACACUCCGCCCAGCGCCCUGAAAUUUACCCUCCUCCAGCCUCCACAGUAUGGCCGGCUGCUUUUAGCCGGUGCCGCCCUAACUGCUGGAUCCAUCUUCACCCACAGACACAUACAAGAGCUGGAGGUAUCGUAUAAACAUGACGGAGGGCCGUCGCAGAUCGACCGCUUUGCCUUCACUGCCUCUGACAGCACCAAUCGAGGCUUCCUCCUGGAGGGGCGUCUACAAUCGGACCCUGUGUUCUUCACCAUUCAGAUCAAGCCUUUGGAUAAGUCGCCUCCUGAGGUCGUGAAGCUACUCCCUCUUUGGAAAGCUGAGGUUUUGGACGACGGACGAUACGGGAUCUUUGUGUCGUCUCGGGAGCUGAAGGCCCAAGACAGCGACAGCAGAGAAGAAGAGCUGAUACUCUGCAUCGUUCGCCCGCCCUACUUUGGUUACCUGGAAAACGUUACCACAGGAGGUUUUGUGCCACAGCGCUUCUCUCAGUCGGAGCUGAGCAAGCGAACCAUCGUCUACAUCAUCGAUCCAGAACGGGAGUCUCUCUCAGACAGCCUGGAGUUCAGAGUGUCUGAUCCUUUAGGGAACACCGGGCCAUCUCACACACUGGAGUUCAGCUGGUCCAGCGUGGAGCUGUCUCAGCCCGAGUACUGUGUGUGUGAGGAGCAGGGAGGCAUCUCGCUGGACAUCAUCCGAAAAGGAAACCUGGCAGAGUCCUCAUAUAUCACUGUCAAGGUCAAGGAGGUGACUGCGAUUGCCGGAAGAGAUUUCCUCAUAAACCCUUCAUCCCUCAUUCAGUUUGAUCCAGGGGUGUCAAAGAGGAGCUGGCAGAUCGAGAUGGUUCAGGAUCACCUGGAGGAGGCGGAGGAAGUGUUCGAAGUGCUGCUGGUCUCCCCUGAAGGUACAACGAUUGGCAGCAUCCACAGAGCUCAAGUCACCAUCAGGGACUCUGGAAGAGGACAGUGCGGGCUGAACCAGGAUCAGGAGACUCCUGUCCUCGGAGGAAAAGAGAUUAGGUCAGACACGUACCCUCAGCAUGGAUCCAUUCAACUAGAGAAACUUCCCUUAGGAACGGAAUCAGUCAUCUGGUCUCGUGGAGACAGCGUCUCCAGGCCUGCAGGUCUCCCAAAAAAGAAACUCAGAGUUACAGGCAAUCCAAAGUCUAUUGCACCUUCGUCAGUUUUUCACAACGGGUCAGACAUCGUUUACACGUAUCAUGGCAUCAUGCAAAUGCAAGUAGAAGAUGACACCUCGGCGUCCAGGAAGGGCCGAAAAGCAAACGUCCGUGUGGUUAGCCGAGGGCCACAGCAGCGGGCGUCGGCAGGGCUUACUGAACCGAAGCCGGAUCCUCAGAGAAAGAGCUCAACGCCUCGGAAAACUGGACUGGCUAAAGGACACGCUGCAGCUGAUGACUCCAUCCCCAAACCCUGUGUGCCAGAACUCAUGGGAUUUCUGCAUUUCAACCAAACCACCAAUCAGCUCUUUCACUGCAACGGUGUCUCCUGGAAACCCUGGGCACCAACGGAUCAGACGGUGGGCGCUCAGAUGUGUCCUCGGGGCUGGACGUUUCGCGGUGGCCACUGUUACAUCCUCAGCUCUGAGAGCAAAGCCACCUGGAGCACAGCGAACAGAGCCUGCAGGGAGAGAUAUAAAGGAACUCUAGCGAGUGUUUGCUCUAAAGCCGACAUGGACUGGCUGUGGGACUUCAGUGGAAGAAAACCAUUCUGGAUAGGUCUGAAUGACAGGGAAGGCCGAGGACGCUGGGAGUGGGCGGGUGGCGAGCCGGUCAGCUACACCAACUGGAGGAAGACGCCCCCCCCACGCUCGAAAAUGAAAGGAAGCAAAAAGUGCGUCCUGGUGUGGAGAAGGGCCAAGUGGCAGAUAAGGGACUGUAAAACCAGCCGAGGCCAUCGCUUUGUGUGCUCAGUCAAGACUUGAAUCUGAAUUCGUGUAAUAAAGUGUUCGCACGCCACAAAGCGCUCACUGUGGUGUUUGAGAGGAGUCGCAGGAGGAAGGACUCAUCCUCAGGACGUCUGAACUGCACAGUAAGACCACUUUCCAGUAAGGAUCAGUAGGAACUGGAACUUGACUGGAACUGGUUUGAACCAUUAUCGUGUCUGGAAAGUAACCUGCUACACUAAGUGACAUUGUUUACACAGCAUUUAUUCGAAUUAGCCACUGAAAGUAUUGUUAUAUAUGUAAAGCUAAGAGAUUUUUUUUUUUUAAAACAUGUAUUUGAAUUCUUUUUGGCAGGUUCACUUAUUGUACUUUGUGCAAGUUUCCUGCAGGUCCUGCGACGUUACCUAAGGCAUCAUGUGUCCAGACCCAGUAAUUAGACUGUUGUUAUUUUAAUUUAUGCUAAGCCUACACUGUACAUACACCAAAAUGAAUUUAUGGUUAAUCAGAUUACCACAACCCCAUAUCUACAGGCAAACACAUAAUGGAAAUUCCUUGCCUGUGUAUACUGUACUUGUUGGGAAUUUUGGUGGGGGUGGGGGGGUUCAGCAAGGGUUCACAUCAUCUGUGUAUUUCCUCUUUGUUAAAUUGCGGAUUCACUUCUAAUCUUUGUUUCAACAUGUUUCUGUAAAGAUCAGGACGAAGCUCCAGCUCUUCAUUUCGCUCAAAACACCUUCAAACCUCAUGAAUUCCAUUCACAAACACAUUUAUUUGGCCAUGUAAACAGGAAAAAAAAACCCAAAGAUCAUAAUAAAGUUCAAGAUGAAAUCAUCUGUGUAAAUGAAGCUCUCAUGGAGCCAUAAUUACUAUUAAUUUUUUUUCUAAUGAAUUCUAUUUCUGUAGAAUUCCUACAGCUUGUUUUUAGGAAACAGACGCUCCAUCUGUGAAAUCUCCAAGAUGCAGCUGUACUGUAAGUGAUCCUACGUUAAUGUCUUUGUGAGCACCAGCCUCAAAAUAAGCUCUUAUCCCAGAGAUUUUUAAGCCAUUAAAUGUAUUAUUUCUACUUCUAAGACACACUGACAUGCUGCUGCUGCUUUUUUUUUUUUUUUUGAGAAUUGGGCUCUAUUGGUGUUAUUUAGAUCUGGGCCAGUGGGUCUUGCGAGCCACAAGGUUUAAGCGGCAAUGUGAUUAUCCCCAUCAUGUGAUCUAGAGCUGGGGUAUGAAAGAAGGCCUUUUAUAUGAGCUGUAAGCAGUUCUCGAGAAGGUCUGCGUGCAGUGCAAAGAUACAGCAUCUCCUCUUCAGCUCGGUGAGUCCAGCUAAAACUCAACACAUAUACAUGUAGAUGAGGCAGCUGUAUUUGAGUGUAACAGGUAAACCUGAGACACUUGUGUUUCAGAUAAGAGUCCACGUGGUGUUAUGACUGAUGCUUGCUACUGUAAUUGAUAAAAUGCUCUUUCCUAAACUUACUUUAGCAGCAGUUAGAACCUCAGUCAGUCACCGUCAGUGUUUAAUGGAACAGAAUCACUUGCUAGCAGGGAAAUUCAAUCUUAUUCUGGGUUAAACUCUGAGAGGCAUUAAGAUUAAGAUUAGCUCUUUGUAUUACAAACAUGCUAAAGAGACUGAGCGGUUGAUGGAUGUAAUGGACACUGAUUUCAUUCAGCUGCAUUAGAUCUGGUAUUAAGGUAAUGUUAUUGUGUCAGGUAACCAUCACUGCACUGUCUCUGAGAAAUGUGAUUUGCGCUCUAGCUAAAAAUGCUUAAACUAAACAAGAAAGAGCUACAUGUUAGAUACGUCAUAGUUCAUUUUAACUUUGGACAAAGCCAGGCUAGCCGUUUCCCUCUGCUUCCAGUAUUUAAGCUAAGCUAAGCUAAUCACCUCCAGACUCCAGGUUCAUGUUUAGCACACAGACAUUUCACCAAGACAGAAAACAAAUGAAGACAACAAUACUCAUGACAUAUUCUGCAUUAGUGCACAUUGAGCUGGAGGAACUGGGCCAUGAGGUUGAAAUGAUUUGCCUGAUAAACUGUGGCAUCACACAGGGGGGACGGGUGGUAGAGGGGUGCUACAUUCCCAUUCUGAUGCCGGUGCACACACUACGUCUCCCAGAAUGCCUCACCACACAGACAGGUGUAGUAGGUGCUUAAGCCACCUGAUUGCAGCAGGCCUGGGGGACCUGAGGAGAGAACAAAGGGAGCAGGGAGCAUGGACUGCAUGGAGUUUAGGACUUUGGAGCGACAGCGUGAAUUCAGGAAAGUACUUUUUUUUUACAAGUGAGACCUGUUCAAGAGGCAGCGUUAAAGACUAUUUGGGGGACUCUGUUACAUGUUUAAAGAUGUUUUUGUUUUUUUUCUCCGGGACAUUUUUUGUUUGAUGUUGAAUGGAUUUCGAUUGAAUAA